AUGGGAGUGGGGCAGGCGCUGCUUGUGCUGUUGGCUGCCUGCACGGUGCUGCCGGAGAAGGACCCGUUGCUGAACGUCUGCAUGGAUGCCAAACACCACAAAACCAAGCCUGGCCCAGAGGGGACACUGUAUGACCAGUGUGCUCCCUGGAAGGACAAUGCCUGCUGCACAGCCAACACCAGUUCAGAAGCCCACAAGGACCAAUCCAGCCUGUACAACUUCAACUGGAACCAUUGUGGGGUGAUGCCAUCCAAGUGCAAGCGCCACUUCAUCCAGGACAUGUGCUUGUACGAGUGCUCACCCAACUUGGGGCCCUGGAUUGACCAGGUUGACAGCAGCUGGCGUCGGGAGAGGAUUCUUCACGUGCCACUCUGCAAAGAGGACUGCGAGGAGUGGUGGGAGGAUUGCAAAGACUACGUCACCUGCAAAGAGAACUGGCACAAGGGCUGGAACUGGGCAACAGGAACGAACCGCUGUCCUUGGGGCUCCAUGUGCAGACCCUUCAGCCACGUCUUCCCCCGGCCGAAAGACCUGUGUGAGAAAAUCUGGUCCAACUCCUACAAAUACACCACAGAGCAUCGGGGCAGCGGACGCUGCAUCCAGAUGUGGUUUGACCCUGCCCAGGGAAACCCCAACGUGGUUGUGGCGAAGUACUACGCUUGGAAAAAGAGAUCCUCCCCUGCUAGGAUGGAAGGUGUGACUCCUGAGACCGACAAAGCUGUGUGUGCUCUGCCAUGGCCCAUCCUGGUCCUGCUGCCUCUGGCCCUUGUGGUGGUCGCUGAGGGCUGUGGGGGCUCCCUGUGA